AUGACUUUUUUACAAACUAAUACAAAAAUUUGGCUUAUUCCUUUUACGCUAGGAGUUAUCUUGUUCACGGUAGGAUAUUAUGUGAAUAAUUUCAUUAAGCCAGACUAUCACUACGAUUCGCAAUCAUAUUACGAAAAUUUCUUAGCUGAAGGUAUUAAAAUUAAAACUUUAAAGAUUGUAAAUGUGAAAACUAAAAGUGAUUCAAGACAUUAUAAAAUUAACGUUCUCCAACAUGCAUUAUUACCAGGUAUAGGCAACUGCAACUGUAAUUGUACAGUACCGAAUCGAACUCAAAAAGUACCAAAAAUAUUACAUUAUGUAUAUCUUAAUGAAGAUCCAAACUAUUUGCCCUUUAAUUUUAUCCAUUGGCUUGCUUUUACUUCUUCGAUCGAGACUAUUAAGCCAGAAAAAACCUAUUUUCACUAUAUUCACGAACCAAAGAGCUACUGGUAUCAACUCAUAAAGCCUAAAUUAAGUAUCAUGAAAACACGAAUAGUGACAGAGAUUUUUGGGAACCCUGUGAAUGUUAUUCAACACAAGUCAGAUAUUAUACGGAUGGAAGUGUUACGGGACUUUGGUGGCAUUUAUCUCGAUAAUGAUAUUAUUGUCCUUCAGCCGUUCGAUGACCUUCUCUAUAAUGAUUUUACUAUGGGCAUUGAGGAUACUUGGGGGCAAGGUCUUUGUGAUGCGGUAAUCAUCAGCAGACCAUUUGCUCCUUUUCUAACCAGAUGGAUACAAAACUACAAGGAUUUUAACGAUCACCACUGGAACUACCAUUCAGUUCAGCUGCCUUACCAAAUGUCACAAGAAUAUGUCAAUGAUAUUCAGGUUUUAAACAAAACUGCAUUUUUUUGGCCGACUUGGAUGGACGAGCAUCUGGAUUUGGCUUUCAAUUCAACCAACUAUAAUUUUUCUAACAAUUACGCCUAUCAUAUGUGGUCCUCAGCAAGCUAUGGAAAAUAUUUAAAAUAUAUGUCCCCAAAAUCGAUAAAAAGUGAGGAAACGAGUUUUAAUAGAGCCGUCAGAAAAUUUUUAAACUAUUUGCCUAAAGACUUUAAUGAAGAGACCUUUGACAUUGAUGGAAAAAAUAAUUGA